AUGGACCAUCCGCCCACGGCGUGGAGCGCCCAGCCUCCAGCUCCCGACAAGUCUUGCGAGCUCUACAUCCGCGACUACCCCAACCGCUCCAUCGCCAUCGUCUCGACCACGCACACGCUCAUCCUCCGGUACAGCGCCUCGACCAGCGGUAGCGACGCCGGCGGGCCCAACGGAUCCCACACCUCGCUCCCGUCGACCCAGAGAAGCGGCAUCGCAAAAUGCAUGGUCGAGUUCUCGCCCACGUCGGAGCAGCUGCUCAAGGAGUACCGCCCCCUGACGCCACGACCCAUCUACGGCACCCUGGGUCUGAUUGCCGUCAACGGGGAGGUCUUCAUCGCCGUCAUCACGAACGCUGCCAGGGCCGCCACCGUCAGCCCCGGUGAGACCGUGGAGAAGAUUGGCGGCGUCGCCUUUUACUGCCUCAGCAGUGCCGACUAUGACGACGUGGUGCCCCUCGAGACCCUCGAGCCCGACAUGUCCGACGCCGCCUCGGUCUACAGCCAGACAUCGCAGUACGGCCAGAACCUGAGCCGGAACCAGGUCGCCCUGGAGCACCCCUGCCAUGAGCUGCGCAAGCUCCUGAGCAACGGCUCCUUCUACUACAGCACCGAUUUCGACGUGACCAACAGAGCGCAGGACCGGCCGAUCAACACCAACUCCUUUGCCAUUGACAACUUUGACGACGCGUUCUUGUGGAACUCGUUCAUGAUCAGCCCGCUGGUCCUCUUUCGGUCAAGGCUCUUGCCCCAGGAGAGGGAGGCGCUCGACUCGUCGAGGAUCUUGACGUCGGCCUUUCGAGGGUUUUGCAAGACAAUGACCAUCCCACAGACGGCAUCGCCGUUGAAGGCCAGGACUGGGAUGCCCUCCUUCAUGACGCUCAUAUCACGGUUGUCCUGCCGAAGGGCAGGGACGCGUUUCAACGCGCGCGGGAUCGACGACGACGGACACGUCGCCAACUUCGUAGAGACAGAGACCAUCUUCUGGAGCCCAGCAGGCGUCUUCUUCUCCUACGCACAGGUCAGAGGCUCGGUGCCUGUCUUCUGGGAGCAGGCGGCCGACCUGGUCCCAGGGCGGCAAAAGGUCACUGUCACGAGGUCACCAGAGGGCAUGCAGCCUUCGUUCAACAAGCACUUUGACGAGCUGGAGCAGACAUACGGGGCCGUCCACGUCGUCAACCUCCUCAGCGAGACGAAGCCCGCCGAGGUCGAGCUCAGCAACCUCUACCAUCACGGGAUACAGCACAGUCCCCUGAGCCGAGCCGGGAUGAGCGGCUCGCCCGACCACGCCCUGCUGCGGGAGACACGGUACGACUUCCACGCAGAGACAAAGGGCCCCGCUGGAUACGAGGCCGCCAAGGGCAUUCGUCGGUACGUCGAGGACUCGAUAGACGCAUUCUCCUACUUUCUCGCGGAGGCAUCUGAGGAGAGCGGCGGCCCGGGGCACAUGAGGGUUGUCCUGCAGCAGGAUGGUGUCUUUCGCACAAACUGCCUGGACUGCCUGGAUCGGACAAACCUGAUCCAGACGCUGAUCUCGCAGAUGGCCGUCGAGGCCUUCCUGCACCAGCGGGGCGUGUACGCAGCGUCCGACUUUUGGAUGCGGCACUCGAGCCUGUGGGCGGACAAUGGCGACAACCUGUCCAAGACGUACGCGGGCACGGGCGCGCUCAAGUCGUCGUACACCCGACACGGCAAGAUGUCGCUGGCCGGCGCCGUCGCUGACAUGCGCAAGUCCGUGCAGCGCAUCUACCACAACAACUUUGUCGACCCGUCGCGGCAGGUCACCAUCGACAUGCUACUAGGCCGCCUCGUGAGCCAAGCCCCUGUCCAUCUGUUCGACCCCAUCAGCGACUAUGUCUCCAUGGAGCUUGGAAAACGCAUCGAGGAGUAUACAUCGUACAAGAACAUCAGUAUAUGGGUGGGCACGUUCAACCUAAACGGGCGGACAGAGGGCGUGGACGAGGACCUCUCGCCGUGGCUGUUCCCUCCGGCCCUGGGGAGCGAGCAGCCCGACAUCUACACGGUGGCAUUCCAGGAGAUUGUAGAGCUCAGCCCUCAGCAAAUUAUGAACAGCGACCCGGCGAGGCGGGGCCUCUGGGAGCACGCCGUCCAGAGCACGCUCAACCGACGCCAGGCCGCGCUCGGCGGCGAGAAGUACGUCCUGCUGCGUAGCGGGCAGCUCGUGGGCGCCGCGCUGUGCAUCUUUGUCAAGACAUCGGCGCUCGGCAAGAUCAGGAACGUCGAGGGCAGCGUCAAGAAGACGGGCCUGUCCGGCAUGGCGGGCAACAAGGGCGCUGUGGCGAUCCGCUUCGACUACGCCAACACGCAGAUCUGCUUUGUGACCGCCCACCUGGCGGCUGGGUUCGCCAACUACGACGAGCGGAAUAGGGACUACGCUACGAUCCAUCACGGGCUACGCUUCCAGCGCAACAGGGGCAUUGAUGACCACGACUCUGUCAUCUGGCUGGGGGACUUCAACUACCGCAUCGGUCUGGGCUCGGACAAGGCGCGGGCGCUUGUCAAGAGGCGGGAUCUCGAGGCUCUGUACGAGAACGACCAGCUGAACCUGCAGAUGGUCGCUGGUCUGGCCUUUCCCUUCUACUCCGAGGCGCGCAUUUCGUUUCUUCCGACGUAUCGCUUCGACGUGGGGUCGGAUGAAUACGACACCUCAGAAAAGGCGCGUAUCCCUGCGUGGACAGACCGCAUCCUCCGCAAGGGUGCCAACCUGCGUCAGCUCCUCUACGACUCGGCGCCGCUCCGGUUCUCCGACCAUCGCCCCGUCUACGCCGCGUUCGAGUGCCGGGUCAACAUUGUCGACGAGGACCGCCGCGAGGCGAUCAGCAAGGAGCUGUACAGUCGUAGACGAGCCGACGUGGGCGACGCGGGCACGCACGUCGGCGACUUUGACGACACGGAGGACGAGGACCUCAUCGGCUACGAAGCGAUUGAACCGGGGCUGCCGCCGGCCAGUUCGGAUCGGCAAAAGUGGUGGCUCGAGAACAAGCAGACGGCCAAGUCACGGAUGAGCGCGCCGCAGGGCCAGGACGGGCAGCCCAUGGCGCUCAACCCACGUCGUCCGUCGAAUCCGUUUGGGCACGGCGAGGAGCAGGACUGGAUAUCGGUAUCGCGCUCGUCCUCGAGGGGCUCCUUUACGGGCAGCCUGUCGAGCUCGCCGUACGAAAAGGUUGCCUUGCCGGGAAACAUGGCGAGCAGCCUCGCGUCGGGCCAGAAUGGUAGUCACAACACGCCCAGGAGACUGCCACCUCCACCAGCACAGCAAUACGACGGCUCGCUCGCCGCCAAGGUCGGGAGGAUGAAUCUAGAACAGCAGCAGGGUUCGGCGCCACCGCCUCCCCCGCCGCGCAGGCAGGGCACAGGCAUGAGUUCAGCCUCUGUUCCUGCAGCAUCGCAACACCAACACCACCACCACCAGCCUCCAGCCGGUCUGCAGCAACCACUGCGCCCGACGUCGGCGGCAUCGAACGCGUCGACUGCCACGCGAGGCAAGACUGCGCCGCCCGUGGCGAGGAAGCCAGCACAUCUGGCAACGUCGCCUACUGUAUCAGCGCACUCCAACGGAUCGGAGCAUGGGCAGUUUGCUCCUGCGUUACCCGCGAGGAGCAAUACGGGCAUGUCGAUGUCCAGCCUCGAGGUGUCUAGGAAAUCUGUCGGCUCGACGCAGCAGCAGCAGCAGCAGCGCGGACCUGUGGACCUCCUGGACUCGAUGGAGGAUGGCGGUCACGGAAUGGGCGGCUGGGAGACACUGCAGCCGAGCAGGUGA